CGAAUAAGCUUAUCGUUUUGCUCCUCCCUUAGUUUAUCGAAUAAAGCUCUGAUUAAUGUUGGUGAAAAUUGUUAUAUUUUAAAAGUGUAUUUAAUAACAUUUUUGCUUUAUUUAAAGUAGUAAUAUUUGUGACUUUACUAUACUAAACGAUUCAAGCAAACUUAUUUUUAGAUUACUUGUAUUUGAGAUGCUUGAGUAGCAAAUUGCUGGUUAACGAGCAUUUUGCGUAUUGGAAUAAACUUUUGGUAAUUCAUAAAAAUGCCACUACCAAAACGUUCAAUAGAGCCAGUCCACGUUUCUCGAUCUGUUUAUCAACAAGAUGAACUUCAAUUCGUCGAAUUAGAAACAGUAACUAAUACAGCGCUUACAAAUAUAAUACGUCAAUUGUCUUCUUUAUCGAAGCAUGCAGAGGAUAUAUUUGGUGAAUUGGCUCGUGAUGUAGGAAAUAUUAGUAAUCGGGCGAACUCACUGCAGGCACGAAUAGAUCAUUUAUCUAUUAAAGUUACACAGUUGGAUAGCUCGAUGGAGGAUGUUCCACUCACUGAUAUAACAAGGAAAAAAGGAUUCCGAUCUACUAAAAUAUUUGAUCAAAAGAUAUUUUCUCAUUCAACCAUGCCAGCUCCUAUGCUAGAGACUUACACAAUGUGUGACAAACCACCUCCAUUGAAUAAAUUAAAUAAUUAUCGGGAUGAUGGUAAGGACGGUCUUAAAUUUUAUACGGAUCCCAAUUACUUUUUUGAGUUGUGGCGACAAGAGAUGUUAAAGGAUACAGAAAGAGUAAUGCAUGAUAAAGGAAAAAAAAUGAAUCGACCACGUCAAGACGGUGGGAAUGGUUGUGAUAACUCUGCAGGAAAUAAAAAACGGGUGAGAAAACCACAUAACACCAGAGAAAAGCAGCGAUUAAUUGCUAUUGGACAUGGAGAAACAUUGAUGCCAAUUAAUAUUAACUACCAAACCCCAAAAUCAAUUGUCAAUAUGGAAUCCGCAUUUGGCAGUGUUGGUGUUUUCGAGUCACGGCAACAUCGUCCAAGUUCCAUUGACCUUCGUAACAUCUCUAAUUCUGAACAAUCAAGUGGUGUUUUUUGUAGCCCCCAUGCACACACUACUUCAUCUAAUCUUUCGGGAGUGGUGAAUAGUGCUAUUAAUCUAAAUACAGUCGCCACAGGUAAAAAUGAAAAUGGCAUUUUAUCUAUGCCUUCCAUGCAGAGCGCAGAACAAAUGUUGGCCGUGGACAAUUUUUGUGAUGAUGAAAUGUUUAUGGGAAAUCCGAAUUGUGAACAGUCUGAUUUCUACUCUUCUGAUGGAAUGGGUACUUCCGGAAUAAAUUCGCGAAUUAAAAUUCGACCUUCACAACCUCCGCCAGCCCCACCAACAAAUGGAAGCAGAAAUGGCACGCCUGUGUCUUCUAAUGCAAAUACCCCAACUCGUAUUCGAAACUUGUCGAAUAAUAGAGACAUAUUGCCUCCACCACCACCUAUUCCCGAAGGAGUUAUGAAUAUAUCUCCACCUAGAACCAUCUCAGCAGGAAACGGAAAUGCUUCACUAGGAAUGUCUCUUCAGUUGCCUAAGAAUAAAUCAAAUAUUCGAUUGCACCUAGAUAACAAUUUCACUAAUUCAAAUCUGGCUAAUAUAUCCAGGCCAUCCAAUUAUCAGGAUUUGACUUCAUCACCACAAGCAGAAAACCAGCAUUCUAAACCAAAUUCAGCUAUAGUGGCGCCACCUCCGCCUCCACCGCCCCCACCAUUAUCACAAAGUGAAUAUAUACCUCGAGGCUCUGUAAUGGACUUAACUUCCACAAUAAACGGAGACAUACAUAAAAGAAUUCCUGAAGAAACAGUUGAUAAAAAAAAACACUUGCCACCAUUCUAUGAUUCCCGAACCGAUCUUAUGAAAGCAAUUCGUGAUGGUAUAACACUGAGGAAAGUGGAGAAAUGUGAGCAAAAGGAAAUCGAAAGGAACACGGCUUUACUUGAUGUGGCUUCUAUUUUGGCAAGGCGAGUUGCAAUUGAACUUUCGGAAUCGGAGGAGUCAGAUUCUGAUGAUGAUAGUGUAGGAUGGAUGGAACCAACGGAAAAUUCAGCAUAAAUUUUUAUAUUACAUUAUUUAGUGUAAUCGGAAUAUCAUAUGAUAAUUAAAUUUACGCGUAGACUUUUUCUCCAGUAAAAAUUAUUUGUAUAUGUAAUAAUUCCAUUUUAAAAUAUAUUCGUUAAAUUAAAUGGGAUUAAUAAUA